ACGCUCCAGCCAAUUACCUGGGGAACCACGAAGUGAUCGCUUUCGAUCAACUGGACCAAUACUCUUUCACGACCUCUGGCCAUCAACACAUCUUCAUGACAGCUGAGCAAGACGCUAAAGCUUCCAAUAUGGACUCUCCGAACGAUACCACAGUGACCAGUACGACCUUCGGAGAAGUCCAACAGGAGCAGGUCGAACCGACCUCGGCCGAUUUGGACAAAAUGCACGAUGCUCCAUAUACACUUCCUCUGGAUCCUCAAGCGGAGCAGCUCUUGCCCAACGAGAUCAUGGCCCAUAUCUACUCCUUCUGCUGGCAAGGUACGCUGCUCAACUGUCUUACGGCCAGUCAACUUCAUUUCGAUCUUGCCGCUCGGGAGAUGUACCGUCACGCGAGCACUCACAUUCUCGCGAAGGGUGCUUCGGAGGAAGAUUCCUACUGGUGCAGACACUUUCUGUUCUCGGAAGAUCGGAAUACACGUAAUUCUGCAGCACAGCGCUUGCGUGAUAAAACAUAUCGGAGCGCAAUCUCGGGAUUACGGGACGAGGGAAUACGGGACGAAAUAUGGAUGUAUCUCGAUUCGAAGCAAUUCCCAAACUUCGAAUUGUUGAUCGGUCAGCUUCCCAACCUGAGAGCGUAUGCCUGGACCACCAGCUUCGGCGACUAUCACGCUCAGCGAGAUGAGAGCGGAAAGUGGAAUCAACUUUCGUUGGCAAUCGAAUCUGCUGCCGAGUUUCUUGAGUAUGGCGGGCUUUCUUACACAAAAGGCUUGGCUGCAAACAUGGAGACAACUCUGGAUUCGUUGAAGCUCUACCAAGGCAUGGUCGAUCCGGAAGAAUGGGACUCUGACGAGGAAGAGUAUGCUAUUGAGAAUCAGCGCGAAUGGGCCGAGCUGAUUAGCGAGGUAUCAACCUUCCGCGAUGGCUUGAAGAGCCUGAGGAUCAUUACCAGUUCGCGAGCUCCGGAGUCGGACGUGCAUCUCCUGCAUCGACUGAUGUCUCCGUCACUUGUCCAAUUGAACCUGUCUGAAAUAAAUGGUGCUGAACUGGAGAUGAUCCUCUUGUGGGACGUGCCUCAGCUACGCCGUAUAGAGGUGACACUUAAGGCCCAAAGCGAUUGGAAGAUCGCCAGUCAGCAAAACAUCACCGGCUUUUGCGCUGGUUGUCCAAACCUGGAAGAAAUCCAAAUCGAAGUGGAGUUUCCAACAAACCGAAUUGGAACGAGUACCUUCGACUUCGUCAUGUGGCUUUGCGCCUUGUUACCGACAAAGUGCAAUGUCGCUGUCCGGGAGCAGAGUUGGUAUGGGGGUAAACCGCCUAGGGACCCCUGGAUGGAAGAAGCCGUGGUUUGGUAUCGAAAGAUCCGACAGCUCGAGCAGCAACCGAGAUCGCUCUAGCCUCUGUCGCGCAAUACUCUACUUCGCUUCAGCUUGUUCGCUCGAGCGACACCUGUCUGUGUAACAUCUCGUCCGGACGGAAAUUUCUCCGGUCU